UGCGACCAAUUCAUGGAUCGACCGGUGGAAGAACAUAACUCUGCUGAGGACGCUGCCGGGCCUUUACUCGUGGACAAACCAGCAGACAGUGCAGUAGCGGCCACUGGCGGUGACAAGUCGGCUCCAACUAAACGACGGCGACGAGUGUUAUCUGGGUUCGACGUAUAUGUGUCUCUGACUUGUACUGUGUUGAUGCUGGCAAUAACAGCUUGGUACUAUUGGAAGAUGGUAUCCAUGACCGACCAGAUGCAGAAGAGCUCUGUCUUCGCGAGUGUACAUACAGAGUACGCCAGCUCCGACAUACUAGAUGCUAUCCAGACGAUUGAGGACUUCGUAGAGGAACAUUCCCUCGAUGAAGAGCCUUACUACGUCACUUUCCUGCGUCUCAAGUACUCCCAUGACCCGAGGGGACGUCAAUUGGACCAUGCUCGCCGAAAGAUGGUCAGUUGGUUCAUGAAAGUCCGCUAUUUUUAUGAUCUCGGCUAUCUACCUGUGACCGACCCUAGCUAUGUUGAAAAGAUACCUGGGAAGGACCGAGCGAGAUUCCUUUCGGAACUCGUAGGGCCACUCGAUGAUGCUGUGAGACUGUCAACGGGGCGAACACCAAGGUCAGUCUUUGAAUUUUUCCGAGAAAUGUAUUCCAUUCCGUCGGAGAAUUCUGUCUCUCAUCUAACACUAGAUAAUCUGCCACCAGAUCUCCGUAAUAUGAGCCUUACUGCCAUACGUCAAGGAGUAGCAUCAGCGCGACAACGGCGGCUUCCGACGGCUACACCUUCUAUUAUCGGAGGCCAUAGCGACUCCUCUCAUGGGGAGGAGUUAUGACCUUUUAUCCGAUGUUUCU